AUGUAUGAACUGGCAGUGCUUAAGGUGGAGGACCCAAGCUCGUUUUGGUGUGAAGUGACAGCGAUUGACGGCUUUCAGACAUACGAUGACAAGGAGUACAAGCAGAUGUAUGAAGAGCUGGACUUGCUCUACAGCAAAUCUUACAGAAACGUUGAAGAACUCAGACCGGCAGCGUUGCCUGUCGGGGAGUUUUGCAUGGUGUUUUGUGAAGAGCUGAAUAGCUGGUGCCGUGCCACACUGGAAUCUCCCACCUGUAGUGCAGAAGAUGGCCUCGUGGAGUGUUUCCUUCUGGAUCACGCCAUGUACUGUCCAGUGAAAAAGAUAAACGUUCGUCUAGCUGUGGAGGAAUGUAAGCAGCUUCCCUUCCGAGCCAAGAGGUUUCGGUUACAUCAAGUGCAACCCGUGUCCCUCUCCAUUGACUUCUACGGGGACAAGGUAGAAUUUGGACCUUCAAAGAGAUGGGACAUCGCUGCCAUUCAGUAUUUUAGACAGCUUGUCAACGAGUCAACCUGCGUGGAAGCGAAAAUAUGUUCUGUGGAAACAAACAGUUUGAGCGUUUAUCUCUAUAUCACGACAAAAGAGGGGAAGGUUUGUGUCAACGAUGAACUUGUGGCCAAAAACUUUGCCUGUUUCUCUUCGGAGCGGAAUAACGGUAAGACGGCAAAGGAUGCCGUUCCCAAAAGUCAUCCGAAAAAGAGUCUGUCUCCAGAAAGCUCAAAGUCUGAAUCGCUUAACGCCGCGCAGGUCCUUCGUCCGACGUUUCAUAUAGCAGAACCGUCCCGGAGCUGCCGUACAGGAUACCCUGUACAGAGUAAAACAGAAUUGGCGUUAAGUUACAGCAUCUCCCGGGAUGAAAUUGUAGCAUACGAGAAGAAGUGUGAAGAACAGCCAGACUUUGACAAAAUGAACGUUGUGCAGGAAGUUAGUGAAGAGCAGCAGCUUGUCGCGAAUGAAGUCUUUUCUGGGAAUGCUGGCGGAAGUAAAAUCGCAGAUGAGAUUGAGUUCGAUGAAAAACAAGACUCUGCCAAGCUUUUACAGAUUUUAAAUCCCAACCCGGUGAAUCUCUCGGAAGAGGAAAACGAAGAGAAACCGUUGGUCAAAGUACCGCAGCAUCCUAUAUUUGUCAGCAAAACAGUUAUACCGUGUUCCAGUCUUGAGUGCGCACCUCUGUCUCCUGAUCUCAAAAAGGAGCUUAGUAGAAGUGGCUACGAUGGUCCAAGCUUCACCCAAUCCUACUGCUGGCCUUCCAUUGCUCAAGGACUGGAUACCAUUCUGAUAUCUCCUGACGGAAUGAGUCCCAUGAAUUAUAUCCCACCUCUUCUCACGUUCUUACACUUUGCAUCCGGGGUGUACAAGUUACUGCCGACAAGGAACGGGCCCCUUGCGGUGCUUCUGUGCUCCGGGUGGACGAAAGCCCAGACUGUCUUCGAGCUCUUGCUGAAAUACAGCAAAUUCACCCGUCCGCUACACCCUGCGCUGCUAUUAAUUGGCUUGAACAAGGAAGAGAGCGAAAACCUUAGCAUUCGAAAGGGAUGUGAAGUGAUCGUGAGCACCCCGCACAGUCUGCUGAGAUAUCUGGAGUGGCACGGGCUGCUGCUUCUGAGGCAAUGUCACCUGGUCCUGGACGAGGUCGAACUGCUGUUCGCAAAAUCCGAGCAACAGGUCAUAACCAUUCUUGAAAGCUUCAAGAGAAUGGUGGCUGCUGAGAACAGAGAUGGCGUCCCCCAGCAGAUUGUAGCCACCGGCACAUACUGGCACAAAGACAUGGACUGUCUGUUACAAUACACCGCAGACCCCCAGGUGGUAAUCACCAGGAUGGAGCAGGCCGCGGUGUGCGGGAACGUGCAGCAGGUGACCCAGCUCUGCCUAGAUUGUGACCGAGCAGCAGUUAUGUUACGAUCUUUGGAUUUCACACCAGAAAACUCCCAGAAGAUAUUGAUUUUCACCGACUCUGACGAGGAAGCCGAGCUGGUCCACAAAGUGGUGAAAAACAAUUCAGUCUUCAGUAUGUUGAUGAAUAAAAGCACAGUCCACUCCUUCGGCCGUGUUCUGGAGCAAUGGAAGAAAAUCUUCAGCCGUGGCACACACGUGGUCUUGGUCGUCACCGAUGACUACACCCCGCUUUUGGAGAUAACCGAUGCCACGUGCGUAAUUCAUUACAGCUUCCCCAAAAAUAAGAGUCUGUUUGGCCUGCGCCUCUUUUCUUUGCUGGACUACAUACGUAGCAGAAUCGAAAAGGCUGCGUCGGCGGAACAAGAUUCCUUAAGGGCCAGAUCGGUUCUGAUAAUGACGGAGAAACACGCGCGCUACGCGGUGCAAAUCCUACAGUACCUGCGGCAUACGGGGGCUCAGAUCCCACCCGAGUUACUGGACGUCACGCAGGGAAUACUACAGGCAGACGAGCAGACAAAACUAAGCAGUGAGAUAUGCCGCCACGUCAAAGCCUUUGGUGCUUGCGGAGACAAGUUAACGUGUUUUUCCCGUCACCAUAUUGACCCCCGUUUGGACCUACCGAAUGAAGAUGUGUCUGCUUCCACAGCCAUACAGUACAUAACGGUGAUCCCCACGCAUAUUGUGGACGCAGCCCGGUUCUUUGGACGCAUUGUAACAAAAGAAGAUGCGUACGGUCACCUCGCUGAAGAACUGAUGGAAUAUUACCAACACGAAGGCAACAAAGAACCUGCAGAGCAGGUGGAGAUGUCCGGGCUGUACGCGCUGCAGGAGGGCUCGCUUUAUCACAGGGUGCAGGUCCUCUCCACCAGACAGGACAACGCGGUUAUAAGCACUAGUGUGAAAUUUGUCGACGAAGGGAGGACAGACGACGUCCGUGGUCAGCGGUUACUGAAACUUCCUUCGCACAUACAGAGUAUCCCGCAUCAGGCCGCCGAAUUCAUCGUGUGCAGAGUUAAACCAAUCGACAACGAGACAGAAUGGGAUCCGAAGGUGACCAGGAUUAUUAGGAGGAACAUCAAAGGAAAACUCCAUUCUGCAAAAGUUGUUCUCAGGCUGGGAAAUACCUACUGGCUCGAUCCCGUGGUACAGGUGAGGAGACUGCCCGGCAUAAGCACAGUCAUCAAUGAACUGAAUGUCCGCCAUGAGAUCCUGUUUACCGGGCUUGGAACCGAUAACCCCGAGCACAUCCAAAAGCUUAAAUCGUUAGUGGAAGAGGCCGUCGCACCUACAGAGUCUGAGUCCAGGUGGGCGCUGCUGGGGGUCUCUGGGAAAUGUAAGCAGAACUUUCUGCACCUUCUUCUCACACCUAAAUCUCACGUUCCAGAGUGCCGGAUGAACCUGAGGAAGUACCAGAAAGCACCGAGGGCUGCCAGUCGCUUCCUCCACCGCUGGAGAGCGUGGAUUGCGGUGAGUUCAUGGCCUUCCGCACAUAAUUCUUUUGUUAGUAUAGCAAAUGCCAUUGAUGAUCAAAAUAGUGAUCUACCUCGUUUCCGCUGCAGCUUCCACCCAGAGGUGAAAUGGUUUGAAAAAGACGACUCGGUUAUCUUGACAGUGAAACUGCGAGAAGUAACAGAUCCUACGUGCGUGUUUUACGCUGAUAGAGUUGUGUUUAGCUGCCACGCUGGAGGGAAAUACUACGUGGCAGAUCUGUGGCUUAGCCAUGAAAUCCUGAAAGAGAAGUCCGGAUACGUCGUUAAUAACGGGCAGCCGGUGAUAACGCUGAGCAAAGCAGCCACCGGGCCGUGGAGUUCGCUGCUCAGACAGAAGUGUCCAAAUGUGACUUUCGAUUUCGACCACCUAGAAGAUCCUGAGGACAGCAGCAUCUUCUCUUAUAUCUCCAAAAGCCCCCAAAACAUCUACACCAUUAUGAACGAAGACAUGGAGUCGGAGUCAUCGUCUGAAUUCAGCGACUCUGACAGUGACUAG